UUUCAACAAAUACUUUUCUACUUGUACUUCAGUAAAUUUUUUGGAUGACUACUUUUACUUUUACUUCAGUAAUAUUAUUUAGAAGUAAGAAUUUUUGGCUACUCUACCCACCUCUGGUAUAGAAGCAAAACAAAAAGUGUUUAAUUUAACAAAAAAUGGCCAAAAGGCUCAGGGCUUUAAAGGUUAAUAAGGAAUUUACCAAGCUGUGUAUGCUCAUUUUUCAGUGAAGUAACCCCAAAAAUACCCCCAAAUUAAUACGAAGUGACCAAAAAUAUACAGGAAGUGACGCAUAGAUCAAAGCCUCCCCAAUGAAUUCUGGUGGCUCCAUAUGAAACCAAGGUGCAAUGAGGACAAGUUGCAGCUCCGCGUGCCCUUGUUUGCGGAGAAGACACCGUCGAAUUCACUCACGCGCACACGCGCGCGGACGGCUAAAUGGCUCCGCCCCCCCGUGAUUAAAUGCCGAACCGUAGUCACUGCUCCUUGCAGUUGAAGUCAUGACGGGGGAGCUGUGAGCUUGGACCUUUUUAGCACCUUAGCACGUAGAUCCAGUACAUCUGAUUUUCAUUUUUCUUUUCCCGGACAGUUUUGACAUCCAAGAAGCAUGAAGACCAUCCUUGCUGCAUACUCCGGCGUGCUUAAAGGCACAGGCACCAGCCUCCUUUCGUCCCUGCAGGACCUGCCCUUGGCUUUCUGGCCCCGCGGAUCCAAGCUGGAGAGACAUCUCCAGGCCAUCUCCGUGCUGCAGUGGGUCGUCACUUUCUUAGCCAUGGGGGCAGUUUGCACUGUGCUGCUAAUCUACAUGUUCUGCACUGAUUGUUGGCUUAUCGCUGCCCUUUACACCGCCUGGCUCAUUGUUGACUGGAACACCCCAAAACAAGGUGGCAGGAGAUCAUCAUGGGUAAGAAGUUGGACAGUGUGGACAUACUUUCGAGACUACUUUCCAAUAAGGCUAAUUAAAACCCACAACUUGCCGCCCAACCGGAACUAUAUAUUUGGCUACCAUCCCCAUGGCAUCUUAUGUUUUGGGGCUUUCUGCAACUUUGGCACAGAAGCCACAGGCUUCUCCAAGAAAUUUCCAGGCAUCAAGCCUUCCCUGGCAACCUUGGCAGGGAACUUUCGGAUGCCUGUCCUACGAGACUACCUGAUGUCUGGAGGUAUUUGUCCUGUGAACAAGAACUCCAUUGACUACCUACUGACCUGCAACGGUACAGGAAACGCUGUGAUCAUUGUUGUGGGAGGUGCAGCGGAGUCGUUACACUGUGCACCAGGCAUGAACUCUGUCAUUCUGAAGAACCGUAAAGGCUUUGUGAAAAUGGCACUACAGAAAGGCUCUGACUUGGUUCCAGUGUAUUCUUUUGGGGAAAAUGAUGCCUACAAGCAAGUGAUCCUCGAGGAGGGCUCUUACUGGAGAACUCUCCAGAAAAAAUUACAGAAGUUGUUUGGCUUUGCGCCGUGCCUUUUCCAUGGAUGUGGCCUCUUCUUUGGCAAUUCCUGGGGCAUUGUGCCAUACGCUAAACCGAUCACCACCAUAGUUGGGGAGCCAAUCACAGUGCCAAAAAUAGAAGACCCGUCUGAUAAAAUGGUGGAUCUCUAUCAUGCAAUGUAUGUCAAGUCCCUCCAGUGCCUGUUUGACAAGUACAAGACGCGUUUUGGCUUGAAGGAGAGUGACAUGCUGUACAUAGAGUGAAGACUGCAGGGGAAACCGUCAACAUUGAAAACUGUGUUCUUCUGAUCGCCCUUCAGAUCUCGCCCUCUUUCCAGUCCAAUCUUGGUACCUGAUUGGGAUUAUUUUUGUACUUGCAUCGCCACACAUGAGCACAUUCGUGUUGCGUCUCUCCAGCAAAUAGCCAUACAGAAGGUUAUCCUCAGGAAUUGACAGGCCAGAGAGAAUGGCACUGUGGCGUGGACCAACGCUGAAAAUUACAAAGCCAAAAAUUCCUUAACACCAAGUGCCUCUUGUGUGUAUAUUUACAUUUUCAUAAACAAGGUAACCAAAGAAGUGUGUCCUGGAAGCGCUGAGUAGAAGGAAAGUACGUCAAGACCUAGAAAUUCAUGUUUCUACAUAACAAAACUAUAUAAUAAAAGCACAACCAAUGCAUAUUAAGUUUAACUGAAUAAUAAUGAGAUGAACCUACCAAUUGAUAAUGUUGUCGUACAUUGUCCUCACAAAUGCACCUUUAGCAUAUCUCAUUGAGAAAAGCCUAUACCUCUUCACAGGGUUUUUAUGCUGCAAAUGCAAUCAAUUUCUGAAUGUGAUUUUAGACUGCCAUAAAGUAUUAAUUAUGCUCAUCUAAGAGGAAAAGACACCUGUGUGGGCGCUUGCACUUUUAAUCACUAAUUCUCUUCUACCGGCUUUGCCAUGAGAACUUUUUGAUACAAGAUGGAAAAAAAAUCUCAUAUAUUGUUCGGGUUUGGAUUGGUGUGUUCUACGGUGAAAAGUGGAGUGGCGUUUUAUCCGCAAGUGCUUUUAGACGGUUUACGAUUGCAGUCAUAAGAGGACGAUGUGGAUUAGGAUACCUGUUCGGAAGUUUAAUGCUUUAAGGUGUUGUGGUGGAUCAUGUGGUGGGUGGUAAUUAAAACAUGAAGGGAUUAUAUGACAUAAUGCCUUGUUCAUAUUAUAUUUAAGGGUGUCACUCAUCAAUAUUUGAUAAUAGAAAGUUUUAUGGCAAGUAUGCCAUAAAUUCAAGUAUUUGGGCUCAGUAUUGUCAUAUGAUAAAGGUGGUUAUGAUUGUCAUUUGGAGGUGUCCUUUAGUUUUGCCAUUGUAAACUUAAUAGAACAGAAUUGUAAUUCAUGUUCAAAACAUCUGCAAGAAAUGCACAGCAAAGAUCUCUCUGUAUGAUGUAUGACAUUGUUUGCCGAACUAUAUUAAAUUAAACUUUUAUAUAUUUUCAGAAGGAAAGUGUAUCUCGAAACCCAUUUUAUUUUAUUUUG